UCUGUGAAGUCACAAAGGCCGUGCUAUGCUUCUGGCCUUGGCUCUUCUGCUGCUCUUGGACCUGAGCGCCCGCCGAGGCUGGGGCUGCCUGCAGUGUGACCACUCGGUGCGGGAGGCCCUGAGCCAGCUGCGCGUCGCCCUCAUCCCCGACCGCUUCCAUCAGGAGCAGCUGCAGGCCCGCGCUCAGGCCCUGCUGCUGGGCAUGGAGGGGCCUUUCUUCCGGGACUACGCGCUGAACGCCUUUGUGGGGAGAGUGGGGAUAGAGCACCUGGACCUUGUGGCAUCCUUUAUCAAGAAUCAAACAAACAACUUAAUGGUUAAUUCUCUUAGAGAUGGGCCUCUGCUGGAUGAACUGGUGACUCUUAGGGAGAGGGUGAUCAAGGAACUCAAGAAAGUUUUAAGAUCAUAUGAAUUAAAAGCCUGUGAUCCCAAAAUUUGCCGCUUGCUAAAAGAAGAAGUCUUGGAUUGUUUACAUUGCCAGAGGAUCAGUCCCAAAUGCAUCAAAGAAAAGUACUGUUUUGGGGCAGGGCUUCCUGAGUCCAAACCCGACGUGAUCUCCCGUCUGGAGCGGGGGGAAGAGCCUAGGAUGGAGAGGAGAGAAGCCCGGCGAGUUACCUGUUCAGACUUGGAGACAAGCUCUGAAACUACUCAGGAGACACUUCCAAAAAAGAGUAUUUCCGAAGAGGUGGCUUCCCCAAUGGGAAAGAUGGAGGGCAUUUUAAGGGCAGUGCUUGGAGACACCAAGCUGGGGGACUCCUGGACAUGCAGCCGUCAACUGGAAGACCAGGGAAAGCAGGAGAGGCGUUUGAGGUGGUUGUUUGCUACUCCUGAGGAAAACACCCAUGGCGAGCUGAGACACUUCAGGCGGACCUCAGCUUUCGUUGGGAAGCAAAGAGUGCCUGGGGGAGAGGAUCCUCAGAAGUGGACCAGGUCAAGAAAGAACCUGAAACACCAAAGGAAACCAUUUAACUGCAGGGAGUGUGGGAAAGCCUUCAUCUACCAUUCGGACUAUGUCCUACACCAGAGAAUUCACACUGGAGAGAAGCCCUACAAGUGUAACGAGUGCGGGAAAGCAUUCAGCAACAGUUCAUAUUUCAUCCAGCACUACAUCAUCCACACAGGAGAGAAGCCCUAUGCCUGCAACGAAUGCGGCAAGACCUUUACCCAGAGCUCAUCGCUCACCGAGCAUCAGAGGAUCCACACUGGAGAGAAACCCUACAAAUGCAAGGAAUGUGGGAAAGCCUUCACCCAGAGCUCCUCCCUCAUCAAACACCAGCGAUGCCAUACCGGGGAGAAACCCUAUAAAUGCAACCAGUGUGGGAAGUUCUACUCCCAGGUGUCCCACCUCACCCGCCACCAGAAAAUCCACACAGGGGAGAAGCCCUACAAAUGCAGUGAGUGUGGCAAGGCUUUCUGUCACACCUCCUCCCUGACUCAGCACCAAACAAUCCACACUGGUGAGAAACCCUACAAGUGUAACGAGUGUGGGAAAACCUUCAGCCACAGCUCGUCACUGACCCAGCACCAGCGAGUCCACACUGGAGAGAAACCUUACGAGUGCCCCGAGUGUGGCAAAGCCUUUAGCCACAGUUCGUCCCUGACUCAGCAUCAGAGAAUUCAUACUGGUGAGAAGCCCUAUGAGUGUCAUGAGUGCGGGAAGGCUUACACGCAGAUCUCCCACCUCAUGAGGCACCAGAGCGUUCACGUGGGGGAGAAACCCUAUAUAUGUAAUGAGUGUGGAAAGGCUUUCAGUCAUACCUCCUCCUUUACUCAACACCAGACGAUCCACACCGGUGAGAAACCCUACAAGUGUAAUGAAUGCGGGAAAACCUUCAGCCAGAACUCCUCGCUUAUGCGCCACCAGAGAAUUCACACCGGGGAGAAGCCCUAUGAGUGUACAGUUUGCAGGAGAGCCUACACCCAGAUUUCCCACCUCAUCCAACACCAGAGGACUCACACUGGAGAGAAACCUUAUGAGUGCGGUGAGUGUGGGAAAGCCUUCAGCCGGAGCGCCCAUCUCAUUGAGCAUCAGAAGAUCCACACGGGUGAGAAACCCUAUAAGUGUAAGGAGUGUGGGAAAACAUUCAGUCACAACUCAUCCCUAACUCAACAUCAGAGGAUUCACACUGGCGAGAAACCCUACACCUGUAAGGAAUGUGGAAAAGCCUUCAAUCAAAGUAUCCACCUUAUUCAGCAUCAGAGGAUUCAUACCGGGGAGAGGCCCUACAAAUGUAAGAACUGUGGGAAAACCUAUGCCCAGAUUUCACACCUCAUUCAACACCAGAAAGUUCAUAUGGGUGGCAAGCGCUAUGCGUGUAAAGAAUGCGGAGAGGAUUUCAGCUGGGGUUCACACCUGGCCGAACAUCAGAGACUUCACACUGUGCACGACGGCUACAUCCGCGGUAAUUUUGAGAAAGCCUUUGCUUGGAACAUGCAGCUUAGUGAUCAUCAGAGAACUCAUGCUGACUAGAGAGCCUGAGAAUGAAACAAACUGGUGAUACUGCUGCUGGGUUCCGUUCAGCCUUCAUCAACAGUAGAAGCUUCUUCCCAGAGAGGAGCCGUAACACUAUAUAUUGAGAGAGUUGGUUCCUUUUUUGCCUCCUAGAAGGAAGAUGGCACUGUUUAUCACCAGCGGAGACAGCUUCUGAUCAUUUAAAGGGCUCCCCCCUAAAAUCUAAGCUUCCCCCCCAUCUCUCAACCCUACAAUGUCCCUGGAUGGUGGUAGGUAUGGGGUGGUCUACAUAGGAUGCAACUUCAUCUGGAAUCUUUAAUAAGGUCUCUCUGAGCUUUUAAAAUUUAUUCAUUAUGUGUUAAAUUGGAGCCUGGAAAUUCAAGAAAAAACAAACACAGCUGGAAAGAUUCAUCUGUUAGAGUAAAAGUCACAAAUAUAUGUAACUAAAGAUAAAUGCCAGGUGAUUUUAGUUUCCUUUAAAACUUUAAGCUACAAAUUUCACUGA